GGGAGGGAGGAAAAGAGGAGAGGAAGAUGAGAGGAUGAGAGAGUGAGGGAGAUACAGAGAUACAGGGGGGCGGGGGAGAGAGGGAGGUAGAGGAGAGCUGCCGGACCAUCCUACCUGCCGCCGCUGUACAGGAGGUUGUUCAUCAUGACAGCCCUGCGUCAGAGGAAGGGGGGCAGGGGGAAGGAGCCCCCUCUCGGUGCAGAGUUUCAGUCCCAGCAGUCCAACUGUUGCUCCGAUCAUCAUCCAGAGAAUAUAUUACACGGUGAUUGGUCAUGGGGGGUGAUCAUCUGGACAUCGGUGGGCUGGUCUGUGUCUGUGGGUCUGGGUCUGCUGUGCUGUAUCUACAUGGCCACGCUGCAUGAGAACGACCUGUGGUUCUCCAACAUAAAGGAAGUGGAGCGUGAGAUCUCUUUCCGGACAGAAUGUGGACUUUACUACUCCUACUACAAGCAGAUGUUGCAGGCCCCAUCCAUACAGGAAGGCCUCUCAGAUUUGAUCCAUGACAACUUGACAGAAUCCAAGAGGACCAUCAAUCUCCUUCAGCGGAUGAAUAUCUACCAGGAGGUCUUCCUCAGUGUUCUCUACAGACUGUUGCCCAUACAGUCCUAUCUGGAGCCAGUGUAUUUCUACAUCUACACAGUGUUCUCGCUCCAGGCAGUGUAUGUGAUCGCUCUGUACCUAACUGCAUGGCUCCUGUCAGGCUCCUGGCUGGCCGGCACUCUCACCGGGAUCUGGUACAUCCUCAACAGGGUAGAUACCACUCGUGUGGAGUUCACCAUCUCGCUCAGAGAGAACUGGUCGAUGCCCUUCCUCGCGCUGCAGGUCACCGCUAUCACCUGUUACCUCAGGCCUCAGCUCACAGACUUACAGCAGAAAGUGAUGGUGUGGUUGAUGUAUGUGACAACGUUUUGCUUCUGUCUGACGUGGCAGUUCAACCAGUUCAUACUGCUGGUUCAGGCUCUCAUCAUAUACAGCCUGGACUGUCUGGACUUCUUAACAACUACACAGGUGACCACUCUGUACCUGGUCCAAGUGAGCAGUCUGCUGAGUGUGUGGCUCCUCCAGUUCUGUAACUCCAUGAUCCUGGGAUCACUGGUGCUGAGCUUCAUCGUAGCCGCACUCUUCAUCAGACACUGCCAGUCUGGUCUGAAGACAGGAAGUCCUCUCGUCCGUCUGGGCAGACUGCUCCUCCACAGCGCCAUGGUCCUCCUCCUCACCGUCACCAUCAACUACCUGGCCAAGAAAGCACUUCAGCUCAGAUCAGACGAACACAUCUUUAAAUUCAUCAAGUCAAAGUUUGCCUUGGGGCCAACGAGGGACUUUGAUGCCAGUCUGUACCUGUGUGAGGAGGCGUUCGGCCUGCUUCCCUUCGACACCCUGGAGCGCCUGGCUGGCACCCUGCUGCUGUACCCAUACAUCCUCACCCUGCUGGUGCUCAGCGGCACACUGGCAGUGGCUGCUCUGCACAACCUCAGCAGAGUUAAAGGAGGUGCGGCCGAGGAGAGGAAGGGAGCUGUGGAGGGGCGAGCGGGGGCUCUUCGUCCAGAUGUGGCCUACAACCUGUUGCACACACUGUUCUUUGGCCUCCUGGCUUUCAGCACUAUGAGGAUGAAGUACAUAUGGACGGGCCAUAUGUGUGCGGUGGCAGCCUACGGUGUGUGUGGGAAGGAGCUGUGGACGCUGCUGCUCAGCACCCUCAGGUGCAACAGUAAAGUUCUGUUAAGGCUUGUCAGAUAUGCAGUCCCGCUGCUGGUGAUUGCUUGCCUGUAUUACAAGUUCUGGCCUAAGCUGAUGGAGGAGUUAUCUGAGCUGAGGGAGUUUUAUGAUCCAGACACUGUGGAGCUCAUGACCUGGAUUAGCACAAAGACCCCUAAGCGGGCUGUAUUUGCCGGCAGCAUGCAGCUUCUGGCUGGCAUCAAGCUGUGCACAGGCAGAGUUCUCACCAACCACCCCCAUUAUGAAGAUAAAGACCUGCGGGAGAGGACCAAACAGGUGUAUCAGGUGUACGCGCGGCGCUCCCCGGAGGAAGUCUAUGACAUCAUGAAGGCCAUGGGGGCGGACUACGUGGUUCUGGAGAACAGCAUCUGCUACGAGCGCAGGCACAGGAGAGGCUGCAGACUGAGGGACCUGCUGGACCUGGCCAACGGACACAUCAUGGACGGAGACGGGGAGAACGACCAGGACCUCGUCCCCGCCACCCAUCCUCGAUUUUGCGAGGAAGUCAAGACGGACGCCGUCUCUUACACUGCUCUGUUCACCAGAACAUUCCAGAACAAAACCUUCCAUGUUUACCGGGUCAAGAAGAAACGCAAGAAAAGCACCAAGAGCUCGCCAGAGCCCAGCACCUCUCAGCAGCAGGAUCAGGCUCUGUGAGAGGAAAGGCGGUCAGAGGCCGGAGGGGGAGAGACGGAGCAGAAGAAGAGAUAAAAGCCCUGAGUCCUCACUGUUCUUCUGCCUCCCCUCAGCACUGUGCCCAGCUGUGAUCAUGCCCAUUAUUAUUUGAACAGAUAGCUCUGUGAACUGUGCUGUUAGAGCAGUGUGCCGGUUCAGGCUCGGGGCUGCAUUGUUUUAGUUAGCAGAGUGUAGAAGCACCUGAAGGAGUCAUGCUCUGGGCUGUUCUGCCUCCCACCACCCACCCCCGUCCUCCCACUGCCCUCCCCCAUCUCUGAUGGUGCAGAGGAAUAGACACAGAAACAAGUAUUAGGCCUGUGAGCAGGGCCCGAACACCACAAGUGUUCCAUCAUCAGUUCCAUUUAAGUUUCAGUUCUGCUUUUUCAUUUUAAGCAUCAUUUUUUUCUCUCAAACAGGGUAGAUUUGGGGUUCAGAAGCAUCAGACAAAUCUUGAUUUUUAUUAUGAAAUGUUGCAUUGAAAUUAGAAGUAAGUUACAAAUAACUUGAUCAUUUAUACAUCCACAGAACCAUGAGCCCUUCUUUCCCAUAGAAAAGAAGGAAGAAAAUAAAAGAAUAAUUAAGCUUCAGUUUUCUUAAAUGGCAAUAAUACUCUUUUCUGGAAAGUGCAAGUUGCCAAAGACUGAUAUCAGUAAAUCUAAAUGUGUCUGUACACUUCCAGUGUUUUAAUGUCCUACAUUUUAACACAGUUUUCAAACUGAAGCAGUGAGCUCUUUGUUAAAUGUCAACAUUAAAACUAUAAGUAAAAAUAU